AACAGUCCUCAUGUUUAUAUUCGCUAUUUUGGACACGGUGUCCUCUGUUACACAUUAUUCUAUUCCAGAGGAAAUGGAGGAAGGCUCUGUUGUUGCUAAUCUGGCGUCAGAUUUGGGACUGGAUGAGAAAACACUGAGCAGACGAAACAUGCGUCUCGACAUUAUAUCUAACAAAAAAUAUCUGGAUGUCAAUAAAGAGACAGGAGAGCUCUAUAUAUUAGAAAAGAUGGAUCGAGAAUAUCUUUGUUCAUCUAAAACGGCGACAACAUGUUUUAUUAAAAUGGAAGUGAUACUGGAGAACCCUGUGCGCAUAUUUAACUUUGAAAUUGAAAUUGAAGACAUAAAUGAUAAUGCACCGCAGUUUCGGAGAGAUAGCAUCCACCUGGAUAUAUCAGAAUCUACAGCGGCCGGGGAGAGGUUCUCGCUUAGUAAUGCAGUGGAUCCUGAUAUUGGCUCGAAUUCGAUUAAAACGUAUUAUUUGAGUGAGAGCGAACAUUUUGACAUUGAAAUCCUGACAGGAAGGGACGGUUCAAAAUUUGCUGACUUAAUUCUGAAAAAGCCUUUAGACAGAGAAAAACAAGCUUCACAUAAUCUGAUACUAACUGCUGUGGAUGGCGGAGUCCCCGCGCGCUCUGGCACUGCUAGCAUUAUUGUGCGCGUUCUGGACACGAAUGACAACGCCCCUCAAUUCGAUAAAGACAGUUAUAAUAUAUAUCUAACAGAAAACGCACCUAUUGGUAGCCUUGUAAUGAAAUUAAACGCUACAGAUAAAGAUGAAGGAUCUAAUUCAGAUAUACAUUAUUCUUACAGUUUGUAUACCUCAGAGAAAACACAGCAGACAUUCAGUCUGAAUCCUGACAAUGGAGAAAUCCGAAUGAAAGAAAUGAUUAAUUAUGAGGAUUUCAGGAUCUACGACAUGGAAAUUAUAGCAACAGAUAAAGGAGUUAAUAGUCUCUUUGGAAAAUGCAAAUUAAAAAUUUUAAUCACAGACAUAAAUGACAAUCAUCCCGAAAUUUCCAUAAAAUCAUUCUCAAGUCCAGUUAAAGAGGAUAUACCUGUUAAUACAGUAAUCGCAGUUGUUAGUGUGAGUGAUAAAGACUCAGGUGAAAAUGGACAGGUAGAUAUUCAUAUUUCUGAUGAUUUACCUUUUGCGCUCAAAGAAUCGUCUGAUAAUUAUUAUGAAUUAUUAGUUUCAGAACCGUUAGACCGUGAAAAGGUUCCAGAAUAUGACAUCACUAUAACCGUGACUGACAGGGGCAACCCGCCGUUAUCUGAUAAUGAAACUAUAACUUUAGAGCUACUGGACAUUAACGACAAUGUCCCUCAGUUCCCACAGACAUUCUACACGAUACCUGUUAUGGAGAAUAACGCGCCUGGAGCUUUACUGAGCUCUUUAACUGCUUUAGAUCCAGAUCUCCAUGAAAAUCAGUAUCUAGUCUAUUUUAUAAUAGAGAAGGAAAUAGUGAACACCUCCAUGUCCAUGCUGUUCUCUAUUAACCCAGAGAACGGCAAUCUUUACGCGCUAAAGACAUUUGACUAUGAGAUAGAGAAGGAGUUCCUUUUCCACAUCGAGGCCAGAGACUCUGGUGUUCCUCCGCUCAGCAGUAACGUGACCGUUCACAUUAUUAUCAUGGAUCAGAACGACAACACGCCGCUUAUAGUGUCUCCAUGGCGCGCGCACGGCUCGGUGGUGGAGGAAAAGAUCCCGAGAUCCACCGAUAAAGGAACUCUGAUCGCCAAAGUCAUCGCCAUAGACUCUGAUUCAGUGCACAACUCUCGAAUCACGUACCAGUUUCUCCACAACACUGACGCCACAUUAUUCAGCUUGGAUCAAUAUAACGGAGAGAUCCGGACCAUGAGGAUGUUCAGUUACAGAGACUCGCGCCACCAGCAGCUGGUUGUGAUCGCCAAGGACAACGGAGAGCCCGCGCUCUCUGCUACAGUCACCGUCAAACUGUCCACGGUGGAGAUCGCCCUUAAAACCUAUGCUGACAUGACUGAGGUGCCUUUGGGAUAUGACAUCUUCUCCGAUUUAAACCUGUAUCUGGUGAUCGGACUGGGCUCUGUUUCAUUUCUUUUACUCAUCACUCUAUUGGUCACCAUCGUGCUGAAGUGUCAGAAAACGAAGCCCAGCAAAGCGGCUCCUCCGUGCAGGAACAGUGUGAUCAGCAGCGAGAGGAACUCGACCAUCGCGGAUUCCACUCUGGUCUCCAACGAUGCCUACUGGUACAGUUUAUUUCUAGCAGAGACGAGGAAAGGAAAGCUGGUGGUCAGACAGCCUGUGCCAAAGGGAGCGAGAUACAUCGUGUCCAGUUUACCGAGGAGCACAGGACUGACCGAGACCAGCGACUCAGCUGCAUCUACUCUACAGUACUCAAAAUGAACGAGGUCCCUUCUUCCGCUGGAGGCGUCCACCACCACCAGCAGCAGUUCCAGCUGAGGAUCCUCCCAAUCGUAUUGCCGAAGGAACAUCCACCUGUCUCCAUCAUAUUCACCUGCACGAUCCUACAGAGAUUAAACCAACCCUGGGUGAUGCCUACAUCUUCAUGUCAGCGUUCGGAGAGUUUGCCCUCACUUUGCUUAACAAGCCCAUUGUUGAUCUGACCAGAGGAAUGAUGAAGAUCUUUUGCCUAUGAUACUAAGAGACACUCUUACACCUGACCGGUCAGGAUUGGACUUGGACUGGAAUGGUGAACACACACACACACACACACAAAUUAAUAUCUUCAAACAGCACAGCUCAUGUCUUUAUUAAAUAAACUUUUCUGCAAAUCCAGUAUGCUUAUGUUUGCAUGGUUAAAUGAGUCAGCCAUGUUGAGAGAUAGAGUGCAGAGCUUUUGCUAGACUGAAUUUGGACACUGAAAGCUUCUCUUUCCACGCAACAGAUGUAUAAAGCCUUUCUUACAUGUUUUCUUGGAUCUCAAAGACUUCCAUCAGAAUAAUGCAAAUGUUAUCCAGUUUAUUAAAAAGAGGCAUAUAGUCUUUGCUCUUCUCUGUAGUGUUGUAUUAUGUCUAUGUUACUGUUUGUGUCUGUAUUUUUGAGAUUCAGUAUGUAAAGUAUCGUUAAAUCGAAGCACUGAUCUGACACAGAAAGAGUGGAGUAUUAUUGUAGUUCUGUGGUGACUGGUGACAUUCGUGAAUGCACAAAUGCAGACACAGCACAGUAGUUACUAAGAGUUUAGGAGAUUCAUUAAGUAGCCACUUUCGGGUGCCCAAGAUUUCUGUCUCGGAUAAAAACCCAGUGACUUCUAGUAAAGACUGUUAAAGAGUGAGUUCCUUCUUUUUGUCCUAUAUAAAAACUCCACACUAUUUCAGAGAUAAGGACCAUCAGACUUCACUAAAUCUUUGAAAUAGGGCCAAAUGUAAAGAGUACUCAAGGUGGUGGAUGACUUUUACUUGCUUGAUUUUUACUUUAAAACAAGGAAAGAUGAGAACUGCUAAUGUUUUCUUAUCAACUGCAUAAUUAUCUGAUAUUAUGAAAUGUGUUUAAUAUGAAUGGAAAUGCUUUAAAAAAAAAGUUAAGCCAAGUGAAAAAAAAAAACUGAAAUGAAGUAGCCAAAUAUAUAUUUUGUUUCUUCAUUUUUUUCUCUGGUGUUGAAACUUUGUAUUAAUACUAAUGCAUUAAUAUAAACUUGCAUAUUGCUGCUUUUUUUGUUAAAAUUUUGUAUUUGCUGGCUGUAUCAGUUGUGCAAUAUAUGGACAUCAAUAUUUCAUUUCAGCGAACAAUAUGGUAUUGUUGUUUUUCUAAUAGUUUGCAGGCUUUCUGAAAUGUAAUUUAUUCCUAGCUUCCUGAGUGUAUGGCAGUUUUCCAAGGCAGGUCAAGAUGUCAGGGUGUCAUGGGAUCAGUUCAAUGACUGGAAUUCACAGCAUGUGUGUCUUGUCAAAGCAAUGCACUAUUAAAAAAUGCAUUUGGCCAAUUCUCAUUAGAUUUUCUGUUGGAGAAACAAAUGCUGGAUGUUUACGUGUGGUAUUUUAAACAGGAAAUACUCAUUUCAAGGCUCUAAACUAGCUGUCUCAGAGGAUUGGCUAAUGUUCAGACAUGAGCAGUGUUGUAAAAUAACAUCAUUUGAGACAAUCAGAAAAAAAAAGAGAUACAUUGUAGUAGAGAGACAAAAUAUUAGGGUGUUUUCCUGUGAUUGUCAGGUAGGUCGCUCGUCUUUCACUGGCUUAAUUCAUUUACCCAAGACCCUCAUUUUGUGGUAUAAAAAUGGACUACCUAUAUACAGCAAUGCCCUGUAGACCCAUAUAUUUCUUGUUCAUUUCCCCUUCUGUUUGUUAAAAUUUAAUCCAGUUUUGCAAAUUUGUUUUUGUAAUUCAUUUUCUACCACCAUUUGCGCUCUAAAGCAGACAAACUUCCUUCCUAAAGCUGAAAACAUCCAUGAUCUGCCUCGGAGAAACUCACCAGACCCUCUUUGAUCAUGCUUAUCUGCUGAUACAUUUGUACUGCAUAUUUACAAUAGAUAAACCUUUUUUUGAAAAUAAUGUGCUUUCUGUCAUUCUCCGUGUAGAAUUACCUAAGAUGUGAUGGGACAGUGCAUUAGUAAUAUGUUUUUAGCUUUUAAAUGACUUCUCAGUAUGUGAGUAGCAAUCUGUCUGUAGUCCAAUUGAACACAUGCACUGGAGUGAAAAACUAAAAAACAUGUUGUUUGUACAAUAUACCAGUAUGAUUAACUUAUAAUCAUGGAAGAAAAAAGACACCAUGUUUAUAAUCAUGACUUAUCUUACAUCUUAUCAUCAGUGAUAGAAUCCAAAGUGACCUAUUGUGAAAACUUUGCAUGUUUUUCAUCUGUAUGGGGUGGUAGGUGAGUGUCCUUUUGUUUGAGUGGGUAAAGAUGAGGUCAUCACUGCAGAUGAUGUAAUGCAUUGAAGAUAGUCAGACAGAUCUUUCAUUCCAGCCUUUUCAUUUAGAUGUAACCACACUUGGAUUAUCAUCACAAACUCUUUUUUUUUCCCUGUUAAUUCUGACAAAUGAUAAUAUAAAUAAAAUAGAAAUAAGAAAGCAUUAA